AUGACUCCCUCUGACCUCGCCCACCAGCCCAGCCCUCAUCCUCCCGCGCUGCCCGUCUCUGCCCUUGACCAGGAUAAUGAUAUCGAUAUUCCCGAUGCCGAUGACGUGGAAGAUAUCAAGAUAGCAGCCGCUCACAAGAGGCAGGACUCCUUCAGCUCCCAGGCUCGUUCACACUCUCGCUCCAGCAGCAUCGGAGGUGCCUCCUUUGGCUCCAUCGAGGAAGACAACACCGGAAUCGCUCAGUCCUUUGUUGAUACCAAGGAAAGCAACUCUUCCGGUGACAAGACGCAUGCCGCUGACUGUUCAGCUAGCAAGGCCAAAGAGCUCAAGGCUCCCAUCCCCGAUUUCUGCUGCCCCUGUGGAACCUUUCGAGGAUGGAAGCAGAUUCGUCUCGGCGGGAGAAAGCUGAGCAGAAGCUACAGCGACCUUCGUCUGCUUGGAGGAACCCAGGCCAGAGGAUGGGCAUGGGAAGAAGAAGUCCCUAACCCGGAACCGCCAAAGGCGCAACAACAGCAACAGCAAAAUGAGGACCAAGAAGAUGUGCUAGAAAUGCGUCGUCCUGCUCCCAGGGUGACCAAGAGAGCCUGUCUGGAGAGACUGCCGGUUGAGAUACUGGACGAAAUUAUAUCACACCUGGCUCUGGAUAUUCCACCAAACGGGUAUACUCCUCGAAAUGUCGAUUUGAUAUCCUGCCUGUUGACCUGCCGAACUCUGCACUCGGCUACCCUGGGAGUGCUAUACAGGCACAUCACCAUUCCCCACUCCAUCAUCUUCUCCAAGGCUCUUAACCAUAUUCGCCAGUAUCCCUCUCUAGGCACCAUUGUCAGACGACUGGACUUUUCACACUUUACCUCUGUUGGCCUCGGACGCACUCAGCAGAUGAACGUUGAAAUCCAGAACCUCACUGCAAAGACUCUGCUCCAGUGCCUUGACCUACUGCCAAAUCUCAAGGAGCUGCUUCUUCAGGAACAUGUCGAGGACGACGUGGACGGAGAUGUUGUGCGCAAGAUCUUCAUCACCAAGACUCUUCUCCGCGCAAUUGACUUCUGUGGCUGCUCCUCUGCCAAAUUCUCCUCUGGUUUCCUCAGUGCUGUCACGCAGGAGCCCGAAUUUCCCAGUGUCCUCCCAAAUCUCCGUCGUAUAUCCCUUCACGAAUGUACUGGGCUGCCCGACGAGGCCUUCCAGUCUCUUCUUCCCCGUCUUAUCAACCUCACCCAUCUUGACGUUGCUCAUACCCAGAUCAGCAAUAGCACCCUAUUCCUGAUCCCGUACACUGCUCGGCUCACCCAUCUCAACAUUUCGCGAUGCACCAAACUCACCGGCCCAGAGGUUGUCCGGUUCCUCUCUACCCACCCGGCAGUAACCUCUUCUCUGGUCUACCUCAAUCUCAUGGUCGACGCUUCUCGUCAUCGUAUCCUCGAGGAGGCGGAUGUACCAAAUCUCCUACCACACCUGAAAUCCACCCUCCGCUCUCUCAACCUGGGAGGAGCCCGUAUCACCUCCGCACACAUGCCUGACCUCCUCAGGCUCUCCAAGCAUGUCGAGGAAUUAGGCCUGUCCUCUGCAGACCUCACUCUCGACGACAUCAACUCCUUCUUUGCCCCUCCGCCAUCUUCAGCAACCGGCUCAUCCAACGCGACUCCCUGGCAGCCCUCUCAUCUCCGCUACCUCGACCUCACUCGUAACCCGUACUUGAAUCAAGCUGCGCUCUUCAACUCCAAGUCUUGUUUGCUGGUGACUCCCCAGAGCUACCCCUUACUCGUCAUUGAGAUGAGCGAGCGUAUCAUCGCCCCGCUGCGUUCUCGCAGCAAGUCCAACAACAACCGUAGCGGAUGGGUUGUCCGCGAACUCGGUAGGCGAGGCUGGUAUGUUCGCGAGCCCAGUGACGAUCCCUCUAUGCCUGUUGAUGACGGCCAGAGAAGCUGGAAGAUGGGCGCACAUUGGUGGGGAACCCGCAAGAUCCCUGUCUCUGUGGGCGACGUCGGCGGCAUCUAUGGACACUACAUGUUCAAAAAGUGA